AUGCUGUCUGAAACUACCCCUAUCCGGGUCUUGACACACAACAUCCGAUAUGCCACCUCAUCCCCUUUCCAAGGCGAACGACCCUGGGCCGAGCGCAAACAGUUGCUAGUGAAUGAAUUGGAAUACGAGACUCGUCAUUGCGGAGAGAGCUUCAUCUGUUUACAAGAGGUUCUCCACAAUCAACUCGGGGAUGUUCUAGCUGGGCUGAACCAGGACGCGGAUGCCAAAACACCGGAAUGGGAGUAUAUCGGGGUCGGCAGAGACGAUGGCCACGAGGCUGGGGAGUACUCACCGAUCUUCUACCGACCGUCAUUUUGGGAACUGAAACACUGGGAAACUGUGUGGCUAUCCAAGACACCCGAUAUACCCUCCAAAAGCUGGGACGCAUCCUCCAUCCGCAUUGUCACCAUUGGCGUCUUCACCCACCGAGCAAGUGGGAACACGGUCCUUGCCAUGAACACCCAUCUGGAUGAUCAAGGGUCCCGCUCGAGACUUGAAGCUGCACGUAUCAUCGCAGGCAAGAUAUCGGAAUACAGCCAGAACAAGUUCGCAAAGCUCAUCUCGGGCACUUUCUUGGCUGGAGAUUUCAACAGCGAGGAGAACCAGGAAGCUUACCAAGAGUUGACGAAGAGCUUGCUUGAUACAUAUAAAGAAGUUGACGGUUCGAGACGAUAUGGUAAUUACAUCACUUGGACUGGGUUUGGGCAUGACAAGGAGCCGGCCUCGCGUAUUGACUAUGUUCUGGUGAGACCUGCCGGGACCCAAGGGCAGAAACUGAAAGUCGUUGGUUAUGCAGCGCUGGGUAACCAGUUUGAUGACGGUGUGUUAUGCUCGGAUCACCGUGCUGUCGUCGUGGAUUUGGCACUUUCGAAGUGA